GACAGAGUGAUCGUAUAACUCUACAUUCAAGUUUGGCAGGCACUUCCUACUUCAUAUUAUUAGAAACCCACCCUCAAAGAUUUCUAUAUCCUAAUUAUUAUCACAUCAUUAUUCCUCUGCCUUCCAUAGUUCCAUUCUCCACUCAGUUCUCAAUUCUGAUUAGUCAUGGGAACUCAAGGACCAACUGAACUCAACUCUCAUACUAAUGGCUCUGGCUCUGUUGAUGGGAAGACAGAGAGAGAGAAGGCAAUUGAAGCGUGGCUGCCAAUAACUUCUUCGAGAAAUGCAAAAUGGUGGUACUCGGCUUUUCACAAUGUGACAGCCAUGGUUGGAGCUGGUGUUCUCAGUCUUCCUUAUGCCAUGUCCGAACUUGGAUGGGGUCCUGGUGUGACUGUACUUGUUCUAUCAUGGAUCAUUACCCUGUACACUCUAUGGCAAAUGGUUGAGAUGCAUGAAAUGGUUCCAGGGAAACGUUUCGACAGGUACCAUGAAUUGGGUCAAUACGCAUUCGGCGAAAAGCUUGGUCUUUAUAUUGUGGUGCCUCAACAGCUUAUAGUUGAAGUUGGUGUGAACAUAGUGUACAUGGUUACUGGAGGCAAAUCACUACAGAAGUUCCAUAAUACUGUUUGUUCGGAUUGCAAAAAGAUCAAGUUGACUUUCUUCAUUAUGAUUUUUGCCUCUGUUCACUUUGUGUUGUCUCAUCUCCCCAAUUUCAACUCAAUCUCUGGUGUGUCCUUGGCAGCAGCUGUCAUGUCCUUAAGUUACUCCACCAUUGCAUGGGCAGCUUCAGCUCACAAGGGAGUUCAAGAAAAUGUGGAGUAUGGGUACAAAUCUUCAAGCAGAGUAGGAACAGUGUUCGGGUUCUUCAACGCCCUGGGUGACGUGGCGUUCGCCUACGCCGGCCACAACGUGGUGUUGGAAAUCCAGGCAACGAUUCCGUCGACGCCGGAAAAACCAUCCAAGGGUCCAAUGUGGAGAGGAGUGGUUGUUGCUUACAUAGUUGUGGCUUUGUGCUACUUCCCUGUGGCUCUUGUUGGCUACUGGAUGUUUGGAAAUGGUGUUGCGGACAACAUCCUCAUCUCUUUGGAGAAACCCAAGUGGCUUAUUGCUAUGGCCAACAUGUUUGUUGUUGUCCAUGUUAUUGGAAGUUAUCAGAUCUAUGCAAUGCCCGUCUUUGACAUGAUUGAAACUGUCAUGGUCAAGAAACUCAAUUUCAAACCAAGCCGAAUUCUUCGUUUUAUUGUACGCAAUGUGUAUGUUGCAUUCACCAUGUUCAUUGCUAUCACCUUCCCAUUUUUCGGGGGUCUCCUGGGAUUUUUCGGAGGUUUCGCCUUUGCUCCAACAACCUACUUUCUCCCCUGCAUCAUGUGGCUAGCGAUCUACAAACCAAGGAAAUUUGGCUUGUCCUGGUGGGCUAACUGGAUUUGCAUUGUGCUUGGCCUAUGUUUAAUGAUUUUAUCACCUAUUGGAGGAUUGAGGCAAAUCAUACUGGAUGCCAAGAGCUACAAGUUCUACUCUUAAACUAAUUCCUGUUGAAUCAAUGAAGAUUUGAAGAUAUAGUGGAAGUAUGACAAAUGAAUACAUUAUUCCUGGAACAUAUUACUGGACCAUUAUGCCGCAAAUUUUCUAGAUAAUAUUGGUUAAUUUUCACUUAUGAAUGUAAAUUAUGAGUUUUCUCUUUGAUUAUGGGUGAAAUUGUCUUAAUGUUUAUUCGCUAAUGCUUACC